GUAGUAGCCUAGGUAGGGCGCUCUCUAGGUAUUGGUCACCGCCCGCAUCGCUCUGCUAUAGUAAGUGCGUGCGCUGCUGCUACAGUCUUCCGACGCUCCAUUUCAGUGAGAAACACAGGAAACUUGCCUAAAAACACACAGGAUCCACACUUAAACGUUAGCUUUGGCAGACGAGACCUGGCUUGUUGUUCCUCGUCGGUCUUUUAACGGACUACCGCCGAGCGCUGAGGGGAAAUCCGACCGAAGAUGGGCGCGAAGUCGCGGCUCGCACACUGAAGUUGAAGGGUGUUAUUCCCGGUGGAAGUGAAAGAGAAGCGGCAGCUUGAUUCCUGACGGGGCUGAUAGUGAGCUCCAGCGUCGCUCAUCCUCUGAGGUGGAGCUAAGAUGAGCAUUACCAGUGAUGAAGUCAACUUUCUGGUCUACAGAUAUCUGCAGGAGUCAGGUUUCUCUCACUCGGCGUUCACGUUUGGCAUCGAGAGCCACAUCAGUCAGUCGAACAUCAACGGGACUCUGGUGCCUCCCGCGGCCCUCAUCUCCAUCCUGCAGAAAGGCCUUCAGUACGUGGAGGCCGAGAUCAGCAUCAACGAGGUGAACAUCUUCAUCUUCAUCAUCAUCAACCAUCCCAGUGAUUCUAGUCAAGUCCUUCAACUCUUUGAUUUAUCUGCAUCUGUGCAUAAGUAACGUUCACAUGCUGUGAGUCAAAAAAAAAAAAAUAAUAAAAAAAAAUCAAAAAUUAAA